UGUUGGUGUGAAGAAAUACAAAGAAGACAAGUGCCCUCCCUCCCACCUCCUAUCUGUCCUCCUAACAAACUCUCUACAUCUACCCUCUUCUGCUCUAAAUAUACCCCUCAGCAUUUCGAUCUUCCCUAGCUUAGUUCUUCGUUUCGUCGUAAAACUGUGUCGUUUAGGUUAACUUCUCCAUGACUCAGACCAGGAGGAUCUUCACCUUUGUGCUGAGGCUGCUGGCCUUGGCUGCUACUGUUUCUGCCACCAUAGUUAUGGUCACCAGCCACGACUCUACCAGGGUCUUGAACUUGACCUUCAAGGCCAAAUUCAGCGAUUCCCCGACUUUCAUGUACUUUGUGAUUGUGGAGGCAAUUGUAAGUGGAUACAACCUUAUAAUCCUGCUUCUUUCUUCGAAGGGCUCACUGUGGCGCAUUGUUAUCAUCCUAGAUGUGGUUGCAGCUCUUCUUCUUACUUCAAGCAUGUCAGCAGCCCUGGCGAUAGGUCAAGUGGCGAAGAAAGGGAACACUCACGCUGGUUGGCUGCCAAUUUGUGGACAAGUGUCCAAGUUUUGCAACCAUGUCAAUGGGGCUCUUGUUGCUGGCAUCCUUGCAGCAAUAUUUUACUAUGUGCUUAAUCUAUUUACUCUUUACAAUGCUCUUAAUCCUCUCUUCGUGGUAAAACCUAGUUAAUUACCAUGAAAUUCUGUUGGGUUAAUUUUCCUUUCGAUAUUUCCCAGCAUUUCUGCUUUUUCCACCGUAAAAAAUUUAAUGUAAUAUUGUACUUGAAUGGCUGUUAAUUUGGAAUUUAUGAAAAAGUCCUUUUUAUAUUA